CAGACUACAUUCUUGGCACUGCAUACUUCGGAGAGUUCCCGUGGCAUGCCGCCGUGCUGAAGGGCAACAAGCAGUACAUGUGUGGCGCCGUGCUGGUGGACGACCGCCACGUGCUGACCGCCGCCCACUGCGUGGCUGGGUUCAACAACACCCGCGCUGUCAGGAUCCGUCUGGGGGACUGGGAACUCCAACGAGUUCUACAGGCACGUGGACAUGCGCGCGCGAUGGAUCGUGGUGCACCCAGAGUACUACAGCGGCGACCUCAGGAACGACCUGGCCGUCACCAGGCUGCAGGCAUACAUUGACUUUGUCACCAACCCGCACAUCAGGCCCGUCUGUCUGCCGCCCCACCACGCUAACUUUGUGGGCCGUCGCUGCGUGUCCACGGGCUGUGACAAAACCGCCUUCGAGAGCCACGGCAAAUUCCAGAGAAUCCUAUGCAAGGUGGAGGUGCCUGUGGUGGACCGCGCCACGUGCCAGGCAGCGCUGGCCUACAAGCAUGUAGGCAGCACCUUCAGGCUGUCCCCGGGGGCGCUGUGUGCCGUAGGCGAGAAGAGGCGCGACAUCUGCAAAGGGGACGCCGGCGGCGUCCUGCUGUGUAAGGGCCACGACGGCGCCUUCCAGCAGGCCGGCUUCAUGUCCAGGGGCCUCAGGUGCAAACGCACGGGGGUGCCAGGAGUGUACGUGGACGUGGCUCGCUACGCACACUGGAUCCACCACGUCACCAAUGCACAAUAACUCCUCUUUCCCCUCCACACCCAGACGUGCCCUAGUGACAUUAUAAGCAUACAUUACGAGUAUGCAGCUUUCUUGUGUGUUACGCGUCCUGUGAAGCUUGACUGGCUGUCUGCCAUAUGUAUUGUUGUUGUACUUUUCUAUUUAAUUUAAUCACUGGCUACCUGUUAUUGCUCCUAUCCCCGUGUUGCGUGUAGAGUUAACGGCGGCAAGCGAUCAUGGCUACACGCCUGGUUCCGGAAUGCGUCGCUUAAUAUUUAUGCGGCCGUUUAGAAAGGCAACACGAGAAAUGAGUCCCGUUUAUCGCGGCGAGCACGUGCUGGCUUGCCCGGAGCGCGAUGGGAUGCCGCGGCGAGGCGAGCGUUGAGGCAUCAUAGGAACAAAUCACCCGUGUGCUCUCCUGCAGCAGCUGGCGGAAUGAGGCGUGCUUGUGGCGCAAAGAUUUAACGUCCAUGCGAGGUAUUGGCGCACGGCGAACUGAGACGCCUGGGCAGACGAGAGGCAACAUUUAGAGCAUGCUGUCACUGCUACUACUACUACUACUACUACUACUACUGCACCACGCAACACAAUAAUACCAAUAUACGAGUACACCUGAACACACUACUACUACAGUUGCUCCUCGCUAAACACUGAUCAAAUUACCUAACUCGUGCCAGACGAUGAGAGAGAGAGAGAGAGAGAGAGAGAGAGAGAGAGAGAGAGAGAGAGAGAGAGAGAGAGAGAGAGAGAGAGAUAUGACACGAAAUAGGAUGAAAGACGACAGCGAACAAGAUGAAGGAGGUAGAAGAGGAGAGGAGGAAAAAAAAUAAAUAAAUAAAAACACUACAAUACACAUUACUGAUAAAGAAAUAAAUACGACCUCCCUUACGUAAGCUGCUUAUUGGUCUUCCAUUGUAUCUUUACGAGGAGCUACAAAUAUAUAAUCGUUCCCCUUAAAAAUCUUACGACCAUCCUGGUUUUCUUUUUACUCUCAAGGCGAGACGAGGAGAGCCGACACACACACACACACACACACACACUGAACCACACACACUGAACCACUCACCAAUCCCCCAUCCAUUCAUUCAACCACUGACUUCCAUCGAUCCAUCCAUUUAUCCACCCAUCCAUUCACCCACUCAUACAACCACCCACCUAUCCAGACAACCAUUCACCCUCUUAUCCACAACCCACUCACCUACCUAUAAGCCAUUCAUCCAUCCUUACGUCAAUCCACUCACUCACCCAUCCAUCCACACAUCAUCUAUCCAUCCAUUUACUCGCACAUCAUUACUUCUACCCAUUCACACAUCCAUCGACAUACCCAGCCAUUUACUCACUCAUCUGCCCACCUAACCGAAUAUCCAUCCACACACCAAUUCAUCCAAUCACCCAUUCACCCAUCCACUUUCUCAUUCACUCACUCAUCCACCUAUCCGUCCACACAACAGUUCCAUAAAUCAAUCAAUCGACCCAUCUAGCUAACCACCCCAAUCCACUCUUUAAUACAUCCACCUACUCGCACAUCCGUCCUUCAUCCACGAAAUGAGAGAGAGAGAGAGAGAGAGAGGUGAUGGACAAAUGGAGUCGCGUGUGUGAGUGUGUGUGUGUGUGUGUGUGUCACCGAUCAGAAACGAGUCACAAAGCAGUAUAAUUGGCGUUAAAACGUUUGACUGCCACUUUGUAAAACUUUUCCUAAUUACCAGUCACUCAUCUUUACUUGUUCUACAGCCACAUCUAAUCUUUGAAAUUACAAAUAUAUAUGCUUCCUCACCCAUAAAUUUCUUUUAGAUGCUCAUAAAGACUUCAUGCAGUGUUUCUGGUGCUGUUGAUUGUUUCGUGUCACAGUGUAAUGGUUGAAGCAGUUGCUAUAUUGGUAAACUACAUGAACUACAAUACUGUGUGUGUGUGUGUGUGUGUGUGUGUGUGUGUGUGUGAACCCAUGCCAGAGAGAGAGAGAGAGAGAGAGAGAGAGGCGGUUUUCUCACUCCUCACUAUAUUCGAAUAUUGCAGCAUUUCUUUUCUCCUACUCUAACGUAACCCCUUUUCCCCUCCACACACACACACACACACACACACACACACACACACACACACACACACACACACACGUACCUGAUGCACCAGUGAUAGACAAAAGGUGCUCGCCUCCAGGUACAGAAGACUAAUUGGUGCCGCCAAUGGAAGUUACUCAGGUAAGAAACACAUCUUGAGAGACCAAAUUUAGAUCACUAACCUGACUUUCCUAAUGGCUGGAGUAAUGACCCGUUUUUAUCUCAAGGCUUUUCUCUCUCUUCUUCUUCUUCUUUUUCUUCUUCUUCUUCAUUCAUUUUUA